AUGACAUACUGUCUGCAUACGGCACACGCAGGUGGCCAGGAGUGGCGGGAUAUCUCCAACUUUGUUGAAGACUUCAGUGUCACGACAAAUGGGCUCCGAACACCCAAGAAAGCUCUCGAAGUCGCUGGAUCAGCGCUCAACGAGGUGUUCCACUACCCGAGUCCAUCCGAUGUGCAGUACAAAGAAUAUGAGAGGUCGGCGGAAAAUAAUGGACUUCAGCUUCGCGGCUCACAGGAAGCCGAACUUGUUUGUGUAGUCAACCCCUGCAACCCCACGGGAGACUGGGCUAAAAAGUUAUAUGAUACACGUGGAAUCAAGGUCUUUGUCAUACAGUCCUGGACAAAAAUUUGGGCGUGUCCCGGCUUGCGCGUUGGGUCUCUCCUUGCGCCGCAUCCGGACGAGGCGAAACGAAUACGGAAGCAUCAGGUUCCGUGGUCGCUGAAUACCCUGGCGAUUGCCUUUCUCUCCGAGGUGGUGAAGGACACCGACUACAUGAACGAAACGUGGACAGUGACGCCACAGUGGAAUGACGUCUUCCGCAGCGCAUUGCAAAAUAUUCGACCCGACUGGGAUGUCAACGGUCAUCGGUGA